AUGGUCCUCUCGGACCAUGGCCGUUGCCUCUCAGCUGCGGCCUCUGCGAACUCGAUCUCGGAAGAGUGCAACCCGCUGCACGUGGCCUGCGGCAGCUUGCAGGGCUGCAAUCAGUGCUGGUUGCUGCAGCGGGCCACGCAGAACAACACCUUCACAGGGUGGAAGCUGAAGACCGCCUGUGGCGUCUCUAGCGAACUGGAGGUGCCCAAGUUCGUCACGCGCGAAGCCGACGGCACCCUGAAGUUCACCGAGGAGUACGACACGCAGCAGGAUCGGCAGAUCUGGAACCUGACCGAGGCGGACGUGGCGAAAAUGGACCCCGAGGAGUUGGCGGCCCAGGUGCCAAAGCCGCUCGGACGAGCGGGAGGUUGGGCUUCUGGCCUGGAGUGCGGGGCUUGUGGGAGGCUAUGGUUCCAAGAGGGUGUGGCCUGGAAUGUGGACAAGAAGGAAAAGAUGCCUGAGCCCUUCAAGAAUGAUACUGAGAGUGGCCAUGCUCUCACGAUCAUACAGAAGAAGCAAUGGAGGCGUGCUUUUUGGCAAGGAGUUGAGAAAGCUGGAAGUACCUACUUGCAAGGCGAGAUGAUGCGUGCUGAUGGACAAAGUGUACCAACAUUCAAUUAUCUCUCCGCCAAUCCGGACAAGGGCUUUGACAUGAUCAAACACCUGCGGGCUGAAGAUCUCUCCGAUGAUUGCAACGACCGAUGGAGCUUCGUGCACCAGGGCCGGGGCUACGAGAUUAAGACGGAUUGCGAGAAGGCCAAGUAUUUGGUGGCUGAGAACAAUGGAGAUGGCCCGGUCACCUUUCAUGAUAGCUCCUCGAGUCCUGCAGGAGAAGCUUUUAUUUUGAACCAGCAGGUUCCACUUUCCAAGGGGGUGUCCUAUGGAGAUCCAUCAGCAGUAGGGGCUUCCAGCUUGAAGGUGCUGGUAUAGAGUCUAUAGAGGAGCAUCCGUUUUGGAAAGCGGAGCAGGAGAGAGUCGCCCGGUCACCCAAAAAAAAGUGGUCCACAUCAUGGAGGAUCAUUCGUGGUAGAGUCCGGGCACUCAAGCUGUCACGUUGCCCAUGGAAGUGGAGAACCCAUGAGAACCCAGUCAGUUUGGCCUUCCACGUCACAGUGGUCAUCCAACAGGCCAUCCACGUUCCCCG